AUGAGGACUACGGAGGCAGAGGAAAUGGAGACGAUGGCGGAGUUAUAUCCGGAGUUGGAGUUGAAAGCGGUACCUAUGGCGAAAUCGAUGGCGGAUUCAGAUGCAGAAUCGGGGAUGAUGGGGAUGUCGGAGGCGAAGGAGAAGGUGCAGGAGAAAGAGGAGGUGGAGAUGAGAGGGAUAGAGACGGAGAAAGAAGAAAAUAUAGAGGAGGAGGAGGCUAAAGAGGAAACUGAGGAGAAAGUAGAGGAGACGGUUGAAGUGGUUGAUGGUGAAGACGGGGAAGAGAACGUGGAUGAAGAUUCGGAAGAGGAGAAUGCAGAAAUGGACGAGGUGGAGCAGGAGGAUGACGAGUUGGAGGAGGAUGACGAGUUGGAGGAGGAUGACGAGUUGAAGGAGGAUGUUUGA